CCCUCCUCGGCGAUACUGACCCCGCCCUAUAGGUCUCACUGUGCCACUGCAGUGAACCCGACGUUAAAAAGAGAGGAGUUGAGUCAAAAAACAAGAACCUGAAUAUCACUAGCACCGUGUUUUUGUAAUAGCGAGACCCUCUUUUUAUAUCGUUUUUUUCUCCCCGAGUCCUCAUUUCCUGGUCAACCUAUUUCAUCAUCCAACCGGCAAGAUGGGGAAUGAAGCAAGUUACCCCCUGGAAAUGUGCUCACAUUUCGAUGCUGAUGAGAUUAAGCGUCUGGGAAAGAGGUUUAAGAAACUGGACCUAGAUAACUCUGGAUCCCUUAGCGUGGAGGAGUUCAUGUCCCUGCCUGAACUCCAGCAGAACUCCUGUCUCAGAGGACCAUCACCCCCACGUAAGCACCCCCAGACCCUCACCCCCAGACCAUCACCCCCAGACCCUCACCCCCAGACCAUCACCCCCAGACCAUCACCCCAGACCAUCACCCCCAAACCCUCACCCCCAGACCCUCACCCCCAGACCAUCACCCCCAGACCAUCACCCCCAGACCCUCACCCCCAGACCAUCACCCCCAGACCAUCACCCCCAGACCAUCACCCCCAGACCAUCACCCUCAGACCAGCACCCCCAGACCAUCUAACUAACUCUAAACCAUCUCUUCCCCCCCCAUCAGAAUUCAUCGAGGGAGUCUCACAGUUCAGUGUCAAGGGGGACAAGGAGUCAAAGCUUCGGUUUGCCUUCCGGAUCUACGACAUGGACAAGGAUGGCUACAUCUCCAACGGAGAGCUCUUCCAGGUGCUGAAGAUGAUGGUAGGAAACAACCUGAAGGACACCCAGCUGCAGCAGAUCGUGGACAAGACCAUCAUCAACGCAGACAAGGACGGAGAUGGCAGGAUAUCCUUCGAAGAGUUCUGCUUAGUGGUGGGUGGCCUUGACAUACACAAAAAGAUGGUGGUGGACGUGUGAGCCCCCCCCCUCCGCUCCGUCUGUCUCUGAAGAUCUGCUCAAGACAUCUGACAAACGCUCUCUGUGUAUUUCAAUGGAAGUAUUCUCUCUCCUCGAAGCCACUUUUUUUCUGAAGAAACCACGAGCCUCGUGAAGCCAACUGUGUUAUUGAACUCCUCUCAAUAACACGAAGAAAGACGGAUAUUCUUGUUCAUAAAGAACAUCCCAGUUCAAUGGAGGAGGGAGAAAUGUUUGCUUGUUUAUAUUUAGUUCAUUUUCUUUUCUUAGUUAUUUUUUUUUUAUAUAUUUAUUUUCGUUCUGGUCUCUUUUUAAAAAAAAUACACAAAUACUCAUGUAUAUCUAUAACUGCUCUCUCGUGGUUAAAUGUGACGUUAUCUGAGGUGUUACAUUAAAUAAAAAAUACUUGAUUUCAGUUACAAUUGAAAAAAAGUAGGGUGUGAAGUGCCAACCAGGACAUACCCAGAAACCAGCUGAUAUUGUUAUUACUAUGAACUAUCCACGUGGCUGUCAGUGAUGGAUGACUAGUGUGUGAGACGUCAAGCGUUCCUACUGUCAUCACAUGAUGACUAGUGUGUGAGACGUCAAGCGUUCCUACUGUCAUCACAUGAUGACUAGUGUGUGAGACGUCAAGCGUUCCUACUGUCAUCACAUGAUGACUAGUGUGUGAGACGUCAAGCGUUCCUACUGUCAUCACAUGAUGACUAGUGUGUGAGACGUCAAGCGUUCCUACUGUCAUCACAUGAUGACUAGUGUGUGAGACGUCAAGCGUUCCUACUGUCAUCACAUGAUGACUAGUGUGUGAGACGUCAAGCGUUCCCACGUCAUCACAUGAUGACUAGAUGCACAUUUUAUUUUCACAAAUAAACAGCGAUUUCUUUCGUUCCAUUUACAUCCUCUUGAGCAAGUUGUGAUUAGAUCAGUUAAACUUCCAAUCGCAUGAAACAUACAAUAUAAUGUUAUUGUAACAUGAGUGUUUUAUUUAUAGUUAUAUUUGUCGGAAAUUAUUAUUCUGUUUCUUGUCAGACUUUCUGGAAGAAGAAAAAAACGAAAUGUCAAGUAGAGAUACAUGCCAAGAAAGUGUUUUUUGUCAUUUAUUGACUUUGAUGACAUGUUUUUACGUUGAACAGUCUGUAUCGGUCUACAUAACAGUCACCCAAUCCAAAGUAACAGGUAGUCAGUCUGACAGUUAGAGGUUCGCCAGCAUCCAGAGGGUUGCCGGUUUGAAAUCCGAGGUCUGAUGGGAAAAAAUCGUUUGGGAAGUGAACAGGCAACGAGAUGGUUGUUGGUAUCAAAUCCUAGAUGCCAUUGCCUGCCGUUGUGAUCUUGAGCAAGGCACUUAACCCCGUACAGCAACUGUUCGGUAAGGCUGCUCCGACCUGUGUGUGUGUGUCUUUCGGAGGGUUUUGGAAUAGUCACGUUUCAGUUGCACCUUGAAUAAAGUGGCCUAGAGCGCAUCACUCAAAUUGAAGAAUCUCUCUUCAAGUCAUGGAGCGCAUCUAUGAAAAUCUAUUGUAUUACAUUUUGAACUGAAGUUUGGAGGAAUAUCCUGAGCCUAAUGACAUCGAGAUGGAAAACAAUUCUCGACAUAGAUUGUAAAUAUCAGUGUGUUAUUGAGACAACAUGUAAGGGAUAAUCAAUAAGAGGCUAUACGUUGUAAGAGGCUAUACGUUCUAUGGAAAACAAUGCACGACGUGGAAGGUGUGUUCCACGACGCGCUAGCGGAGCGAAACUAACCUUCCACUGAGUUGCACUAUUUUCCAGAGAGCCUGAGUUGAUUAUUCCUUUUAUUCCACAGCUAUAAAUUAAACACGUUUGCCGCUAGAAAUGUGUUCAUUUGCAAAGUAGCUAGAAAGUUGCCACGGGAACCAAACAAACAGACUUGCUAGUUUAGUUAUUAAGCAAACCAUCGGUCCAAGCUUGCUAUAAUGAAAAUCUAAUUCAACAAUGCCGUUUUUCAAAUAGACUUUUGUUUUUAAAAGCAGCUUAAACAUAGAACAUGUAAGAAUAAACUAUAGCCAUUGAAUUCUACCGUGCUGAUAUACUGUGUGUUAUAGGGAAAUAAUGCACGCUCUAGAAUGCCCUUCAAGCCAAUCAGAAACGAGUAUCCAACAAUGCCAUGGUAUAAAUAAUGUUAAGGCAUCGUAUUGAGACUCAACUGUAGGCCACAUUGUUAGUUUUGUAACCAAUAGACACUGAGUGUACAAAACAUUAAGAACACCAUCCUAAUAUUGAGUUGCACCCACCCCCCACUCUUUGCCCUCAAAACAGCCUAAAUUCGUCAGGACAUGGACUCUACAAGGUGUUGAAAGCGUUCCACAGGGAUGCUGGUCCAUGUUGACUCUACAAGGUGUUGAAAGCAUUCCACAGGGAUGCUGGCCCAUGUUGACUCUACAAGGUGUUGAAAGCGUUCCACAGGGAUGCUGGCCCAUGUUGACUCCAUUACUUCCCACAGUUGUAUCAAGUUGGCUGGAUAUUCUUUGGCUGGUGGACCAUUCUUGAUACACACGGGAAACUGUCGAGCAUGGAAAAACCCAGCAGCAUUGCAGUUCUUGGUACAAACCAGUGUGCCUGGCACAUACUAACAUACCCUGUUCAAAGGCACUUAACUCUUGUGUUGCCCAUUCACCAUCUGUCUGAAUCUGCACACAUACACAAUCUGUCUCAAUUGUAUCAGGGCUUAAAAAUCAUUCUUUAACCUCCCCUUCAUCUAUACUGCUUUUAUGUUUUACAUACUUUUGACCAGGGCCUCAUAGGACUCUGGUCAAAAACGCCUCCCAUUUGCAUGAUUUUGGUUAGAUGAUCCAUUUAAAUAAUCCUUUAGUUAAUUAACACAUGAAUGGUGAUGUUAGUAAUUAUGAUAUUUAAUCAUCUACUGGUGGCUACAAUAUGGACAUGUUCGAAUUAUGAGCACUAAAUCCAAAACAAACUGAACUAUUUAAGUGUUUAGUAUUUUCCUCCCGGAUCAACGAGAUUAUUCUUAAAUUUUUUCCCCCAGUAAAAGGUCUGUUUCCUGCGUCAACUGCUACACACUGCACUCUGCUUUCACGGGGAGCUUUGAUGCUGCUGGUUUAUGUAUAUAUGUAUUUAUGCAGUUCCAUUGUGACGGCUUUCUAAUGGUGAAGGAGAGUCGGACCAAACUGCAGCGUGUCUAUUGCGAUUCAUCUUCAUGAAUCAUCAUCAUUCAUUCAAAAAAACGUAACACACAAAACACUAACACUACAAAACGAAAACCGAAAACAGCCUAUACAAGUGUCUACUAACCUCUAACAAGGACCAUCAAGACACACAGGACAAUCACCCACAAUCCAACCAAAGAAUAUGGCUGCCUAAAUAUGGUUCCCAAUCAGAGACAACGGUAAACACCUGCCUCUGAUUGAGAACCACUUCAGACAGCCAUAGACUCUCCUAGAACACCCCACUAAGCUACAAUCCCACUAUACACACAUUCCAAAAUCCAAAGACAAAACACACCACAAUACAAAAACUCUAUGCCACACCCUGGCCUGACCCAAUACAUGAAGAAAACAAAAUACUUAGACCAGGGCGUGACAUCCAUCUUUCUGUUCUGUUGUCCUUAUAGCUCCAGACUGCUCCUUAGUUUUGUAACUGCUACUUUUUCUAUUUUUUUUUGAAGGAGACUGUUUUUUGGGUGUUUUUUUUUUUUUAGUAUGUGGAAAAUGAAAAUGGUUUAAGUUUGAGAUGUCUUUUUCCCCUUUUCUCUGCAUUCUGCAUCUGAUGCUGUGAGACUGUUGGAGACGUGAUACUGAAUGACAAUAACAAAUAAAUACACUUUGAAACAUUGUAA